AUGGCAGACAAGCUGACGCUGCAGGCCCCAGGUGCACUCGAGACUCCGUCCAGAUUCUCGAACCCAUCCGACUCUGCAAACGAAGACGAGCCUCCGCCGUCUCCUGAACGAGGUGAUUUUCUUUCUGGUGUUCGAAGAGGAAUCAAGAAGUGGGGAUCUGUGUCUGGCAAUCGAGCGAGACCACCUACCACCCAACUCGGGGAGACCUCCUUACCAACCCUCUCGGAACCUGCGUCAGCGGCUGCAGAUACCGAAACAAACCUACGAGUAUCGAGGAAGCAUGAGCGUAGGACGAGCAGUCUGAACCGUGAAAAGCCUUUGCCAGCACCACCACAGUCACCACCGUUAGCCGAAGAGCCUCCUCCUCAGAACAUCUUCUCCCCUCCAGACACACCCAAGGCCCCCACAACGAUGUCUCGACAAGGUGCGGCUGGAAGCCGUACAAGCACAAUGGACUCGUCUACAUCGGGGAGCCAGUCAUAUGGCGGAGCAUUCGGCUCCAACCAGAGCAAUGGUACUGGACCAGCAAGGCAGGUUGGGGAAGAUGACUCGAAAGACACCACGACUCCGAGGAGCAAUGGUCCUCCAUCAGCGGGUCCAUCCCCAGCCCAACCACGCUCUGCUGGGGGCCAGACAAUAGGAACGCCCGGAACAACGCCAGCUACACAUCUCUCCGGGCUUAUGUGCAAUGUUCACAGGACUACUGGAAGGGAACCUCAUCCCUUGGUAGGUGCAACAACUACCAUAUUGGGCGACAAGCUGUACGUAUUUGGCGGACGAAUUUUGUCGAGGACUAGGCCUGCUCUAACAUCAGACCUCUAUGAACUUGAUCUCAUUCGUCGGCAUUGGACAAAAUUAGAUGUAUCAGGAAAUAUUCCACCACCGCGAUACUUCCAUAGUGUUUGUCCGCUCGGCGACACGAAACUGGUAUGCUAUGGUGGGAUGUCCCCCGCCCCAGUCCAGGGACAGGCUGCAGUUGUUGCUACGCAGAGCGCCCAGGAAGCACAGCCAGAAGUGGUCGUGAUGUCAGAUAUCUAUAUUUAUGAUGCACCAACAAAGGUGUGGUCGUAUAUUCCAACCCAGGAGAACGAAACACCCCAAGGCAGAUAUGCUCACUGUGCCACAAUACUUCCCUCGUCUGCUACCUUUUCCUCUGUUAAUGCACCCAAUUCUGCUCUCCAUCACAAUCCAGCCGGAGCAAAUCCGAACUCAGGGACCAUUGGCGUGAACAUUGACGGGAGUGGCGGAGCUGAGAUGGUGGUCGUGGGAGGUCAAGAUAGCGCAAAUCAUUAUAUUGAGCAGAUUAGCGUCUUUAAUCUGCGCAGUCUGAAAUGGACCAGUACACAGCAGCUGGGGAAAAGUUGCGGGGCAUAUCGCAGUGUUGUGGCACCACUCCCAAGUAGUGUUUCCACUCGACUUGGAAAGAGUUCGCCGAAGCCAGACUCGAGCAAUUUUAAUCAAGAUGUGCGGGAAGCCGGAUCAUCAAUGUUAAUAUACUCGAACUACAACUUUCUUGAUGUCAAGCUGGAACUUCAGAUACGUUCUCCGGAUGGAACGCUAGCUGAAAAACCUAUGCAUGGCACCUUUUCGCCACCUGGACUACGCUUUCCCAACGGUGGGAUUAUUGAUACCAAUUUUGUGGUGAGUGGCACAUAUCUCACCUCAUCGAAACAGGAAUACGCACUUUGGGCUUUAGAUUUACGUACUUUGACGUGGAGUCGAAUCGACGCUGGAGGAAAUGUUUUCAGUCAGGGAAGUUGGAAUCGCGGCGUUCUCUGGGGUCGGCGAAACACUUUUGUAAUUCUUGGAAACCGCAAACGAAGCUUGGUGGAGGACUAUAAUCAUCGAAGGAUAAAUUUCUCAAAUGUUUGCAUGGUCGAGCUUGAAGCGUUUGGAUUAUACGACAACCCCCGCAAAGGAGCGCCGAUGUCUGGAUUUGUUUCUGCCAGUGCUCCAUUCACAGCACCCAGCUUGAGUCUAAGUCUGAAAGUUGGCUGGACUGCUGGUGGCCGCCCUUUGUCAAGGGCAGCAGAGGAAUUAGGUCAGAGUGCACUUGGACUAAAAGAACUCGCUGAUAUGGAUAUCCUUUGCGUCGGUGGUGAACGAAUCCCCGUCAACUCACGGAUAGUAGCACGAAGAUGGGGACCGUAUUUCGUCCAGCUGCUUCGAGAAGGAGCCGCCACUCAAGAUGGCAACGAUGCUGCAACUGUUCGACCAGAUCCCAUGUUGAGACACAACCCGAGUCGAAAUAGUAGUGUUACUAUCACACCUAGUCUUGGGGCGUCGUCCAACAUGUCAUCAUCAUCUACCCUGAUCAAUUCAUCGACGCAGGGUACCAAUUCUAACCACCAGUCGAUUGAUCCAUCUUCGCUCGCUAUACCACCUGAUACCAUUAGCCUCCCGCCUACCUCCCGACCUCGCACACUUUAUUUGCCGCAUACACACUUAACCUUGCAAUCGCUCCUUCACUACCUGUAUACUUCCUCAUUACCACACUCAAGCUCGCCGCUUUGUACGCCUCAAAUUCUUUGCUCACUGCUCCAACUAGCUCGUCCGUACAAAAUUGACGGGCUGCUAGAAGCAGUCGUCGAGCGCCUGCAUGGAGUUUUGGACUCUAGAAAUGCUGCUGCUGUAUUCAACGCGUCUGCUAUGGCAGCUGGAGGUGGCCGGUCAACAAGUUCUUCCUCGGCAUUUGGUGAGAAUUGGUUGUCGUCUGAGUUUGCUGAUGUUCCUGGUGCGCCAGGUCAAGGUCCUCCGAUACUUCAGUUGGGUUCGCUUGGAACAGACAUGUCCCUCAGGAGUCAACAACCUUUACGAAUCAAUACAUCAGUGGGAAAUCUCAAUACGGGUGCCGGAGGUAGGAGAAAAGAUGAUGAAGAAUCGCUGAGUGCGACAUCAAGUGCGGCCAGUGAUGUUUCCGGCUCCGACGUCAGCGGCAUGACGAAUGAUAUUGAUGCCAGAAACGAUGCUAACGGAAAAGAGAUCUGGAAAGGUGAUAUCAGUGCUGUCAUUGGCCUCCAGAAACGAGGCCUUCGUGGGUUGAUGGAGGGUCGAAGACUUAGGGAGCGAGGUGGGAGCGUUCCCAGUGUCACAUCAGGCCCACGAGUUGGCUUAGGAAUCGGUGCCAAUUGA